UAAAUUAUGGUACUGGUAACACUUAAUUGUCACAGAUUCUUUGCCUUUUGGUUGUGAGGAACGCUUCUCAGUAGACUUUUCAUCAUGAUUGAGCAAUUUUUGGGAACCUGGAAGCUGGUGUCCAGUGAAAAUUUUGAGGAGUACAUGAAAGAACUGGGAGUUAGUGCUGCAAUGCGCAACAUGGCUGAUUUAGUAAAGCCAAACAUCAUUAUUACUUUUGAUGGGAAUAAGGUGAACAUCAAAACAGAAAGUCCUUUAAGAAGCUCUGAGAUCUCCUUCAAGCUGGGAGAAGAAUUUGAUGAAACUACAGCAGACAAUCGUAAAGUGAAGAGCAUCAUAACAUUAGAUGGUAAUUCAAUGAUCCAUGUUCAAAAAUGGCUUGGUAAAGAGACAACAAUCAAAAGACAAAUUGUCGAUGGAAAAAUGGUAGUGGAAUGUAUUAUGAAUAAUACUGUCAGUACCAGGAUCUACCAAAAAGUAUGAAGUGUCUGCUUCAUUGAAAACCUACUCACCAUCAGGAAGCUGGAACUUGAAGAAGAUAUGCAUCAGGGUCCAUGAUUAAAAGUGAAGCACUUAGUGUUAACUUGCUCAAUAAAGUCAUAAAAUUAAGUGUA